GUGUCCGGAUGAGUCGCGGCGGGGAAGAAACAGAAUUGAGCAUCAGCCGACGGUUUAUUUCACCCGAGAAUGGCGGCUGCUGCGUGCAGUCCGCAGAGUUCAUUAACCCCGUGCACUGGCAAACUGCACAGAGAGCACCUGCGGAAAAGUAAAGACUCGCGGAGGAGACAAGCCGCGCUUUUAUUUCUCACUAAUAUAUCCCUGGACGGACGGCCUGUGCGGAGCAAUGCGAGUGCAGCGGGACCCCAGGAUGCCGAGUUUCAGUGCGCUGACAUCGGCGCGACUGUGAACGAAUUGCCCGCUGCUGCUGCUGCAAGUGGCGAUGGGACCUUCUCCAGCCUCGCUGUGCCCAGACUCGGGCUGCUCAGUGUCCCGCCCAUCCUGGUUCUUCCGUCGGAUUCUGAGUUCAGUAACGUCGGGAGCACCGAGGUGUUCCUGGAGAGGGAGAGAGGCUCGUUCUCCUCGCAGAAUAACCUCCUGUCCCCGUGCAGUCUGCAGCCCACUCCUCUCGGGGCGCGGAAGUCUCCGACGCUGCUGUCCGUGCAGAGCUGCGGCUCCUCGCUGGACUCGAGACCGCGGAGUCGGAACCUAUCUGGUUCUCCUCGUCCACGACCCGUGAAGAAAAUCCACUUUAUUAAGAACAUGAGGCAGUACGACACCAGGGGCAGCAGGAUCGUCCUUAUCUGUGCCAGAAGGUCUUUGUGUGCUGCCUUCUCUGUGCUGCCGUAUGGAGAGAGCUUCCACAUCAGUGACCCUCGUCUGGACGGUCUGCGGCGGAGGCACUCAUCCGGAGGAAUAUCCACCACCCUGGAGAUGCUUCCCGGGCUGGAGGGGGUGGAGCUGGACAUGUACGGCAGGACGGUGUCAUACGCUCAGUUCCUGUACCCCACUAACGCUCUGGACCGCCACAAGCCCGCUGUGGAUCUCGCUCUACCCCUGCCCUAUUCCAGAACCAGCAUCACUCACAGCUUUCCUCCCUCUCGCCUCAACAGCACCGUCGGUCUGGACCUGGGCCUAGAAGACACUGAGUAUGACCCUAAUAUGCUCAGUGACCCCCAGUGGCCAUGUGGAAAACACAAAAGAGUGCUCAUCUUUGCCUCAUACAUGACGACAGUAAUAGAGUACGUCAAACCAUCAGAUCUGAAGAAGGACAUGAAUGAGACUUUUAAAGAAAAAUUCCCCCACAUCAAACUCACACUGAGCAAAAUCAGAAGUUUGAAGAGAGAAAUCCGUUCAGUGGGAGAGGAGUCUUUGUUGCAGCCGGCCACCAUUGCCAUGGCAUUUGUGUACUUCGAGAAGCUGGUCCUACAGGGGCGUCUCAACAAGCAGAACAGGAAGCUGGUGGCGGCAGCGUGCCUCCUACUCGCUGCCAAGAUCAGCAGCGACCUGAAGAAACAAGAGGUCAAACAACUGAUUGACAAAUUUGAGGAGAGGUUCCGGAUUAGCCGUCGGGAGCUGAUUGCUUUUGAAUUCACCAUCUUGGUAGCGCUGGAAAUGGCACUUUACCUUCCGGAGAGUAAAGUCAUGCCCCACUACCGUAGAUUGGUGCAGCAGACCUGACGUGGGCUCAGGGCAGUCGUGAACAUGCAGAUGAGAUGCGUAAAACAGCCCAAAGUGUGGGACUCUGCGUUCCCAUCAUUGCGGUUUCAGGUAUCAGAGCGAGUACACAUCAACACAGGAAGAACUGAUGUUCCAAAUGAUGCUUUUUAUAGCAGUCGGGCCUGCGGCAUUUGUUUUUCGUGGCUGUCUGUUUUUGUGACCACCAUGGGAAUACUGCUAAAGGAAUUUUCCUUUAUUGAAAACAGAGGGUUUUUUACUCUCAGACGACAAGGGAAGAGUUUAACUCCUGCUACUUCACUUGUGUGAAAUGUACAAGUGUGAAUGCAUGUUUUUAACAUUCCAUUUCUAUUUACCAAAAAUAACUUUUAUUUAAUGUAGACCUCUCCUUUUAUACAGAACCACCUACCAUUCACUGUAACACUAAAGCACUUUUUUAUCUAUACAUGUAUUUUAUCUAAACCUUAUGCAAUUAUAAUAAUAUAAUCAUUAGCACAGAUUGCAUAACAUAUAUGCAUUUAAUUUAGUAGCAUACUCUUGAAAGCGUUAUUGAGUGACUAAAUCUACCUUGGAAUUCAAACCCA